AUUACGUACUUUGGCGUCAAGCGCCCGCCCCUCUCGGUUUCCGCCGCUGGCUGCUCGCGCUCGGGCUCGCGAUGGGGAAGAAGUCCCGGGCGGUACCCGGCCGCAGGCCCAUCCUGCAGCUCUCUCCGCCGGGUCCUCGAAGCAGCACGCCGGGCCGAGACCUGGAGCUGGAACCCGACACGGAGCCGGACUCUACAGCGGCGCCGCCUAGCCAGUCAGCCCCUGUGGCGCCGGCGGCGGUGGCGGCGGCGGCGGCGACGACGACCACCACAGCCACGACCACGACGUCGCCCUCGGUUCCUGCCACUGCGGCCCCGGACGACCCGCCUUCAGAAGAUGAACAAGAAAUGGUGGUGGAGGUUUCCAAAGUUGUGCUAAAUCCUCCCAAACCAGUCAUGACCACCAGACCCACAGCCGUUAAAGCAACAGGCGGUUUAUGUUUACUUGGUGCUUAUGCAGACAGUGAUGAUGAUGAGAGUGAUGCUUCUGAAAAACCAGCACAAUCCAAAGAGGCAAAUGGAAACCAGUCAACUGAUAUUGACAGUACACUGGCCAACUUCCUAGCGGAGAUUGAUGCUAUAACAGCUCCUCAGCCUGCAAUUCCGGAGGGCACUUCUGCUCCACUUCCAACACCACCUCGACCAGAGCCAAAGGAAGCACCGUCAUCUGCCCUUUCCAGUACAUCCAAUGGAACAGACUCAACCCAAACACCAGAGUGGCAAUAUGAUACUCAGUGUUCACUUGCAGGAGUUGGAAUUGAGAUGGGAGAUUGGCAAGAAGUCUGGGAUGAGAACACAGGAUGCUAUUACUAUUGGAACACACAAACAAAUGAAGUGACUUGGGAAUUACCCCAAUAUCUUGCCACCCAGAUACAGGGAUUGCAACAUUACCAGCCCAGUUCUGUAACAGGUACUGAAGCUAGUUUUGUGGUGAAUACAGAUAUAUAUACAAAGGAGAAAACAAUUUCUGUUUCCAGUAGUAAAAGUGGACCAGUCAUAGCCAAACGAGAAGUUAAAAAGGAAGUAAAUGAAGCAAUACAAGCUCUCUCUAACAAUGAGGAGGAGAGGAAAGGGGUAGCAGCAUCACUGCUUGCUCCUUUAUUGCCCGAGGGAAUAAAAGAGGAGGAAGAGAGAUGGCGAAGAAAAGUGAUUUGUAAAGAAGCAGAGCCAGUUUCAGAGGUGAAAGAAACAAGUACAGCAGAGGAAGAAGCAGUGACCACAGCAAAGCCACAGGAAGUUCUCGUCGACAGUAUAGAAGAUCCCUCUCAGGAGGAUGUUUGCAGCGUUGUUCAGUCUGGAGAAAGUGAGGAGGAAGAAGAACAAGAUACCCUCGAGCUGGAGCUAGUUUUAGAAAGGAAGAAGGCAGAGUUGCGAGCCUUGGAGGAAGGAGAUGGCAGUGUGUCAGGGUCUAGUCCACGUUCUGAUAUCAGCCAGCCAGCCUCUCAGGACGGAAUGCGCAGACUUAUGUCUAAAAGAGGAAAAUGGAAGAUGUUUGUUCGAGCCACAAGUCCUGAGUCCACCAGUCGGAGUUCUAGUAAAACUGGACAAGAGACUCCAGAAAAUGGAGAAACUGUGAUUGGCACUGAAAAUUCAGAAAAAAUAGAUGAAAGUUCAGACAAAGAGGUAGAUACAGAAGAAUCUUCAGAGAAGAUAAAAGUACAAACAGCACCAAAAGUGGAAGAAGAACAAGAUUUAAAAUUUCAGAUUGGAGAACUGGCAAAUACCCUGACAAGUAAAUUUGAAUUUCUAGGCAUUAAUAGACAGUCCAUCUCCAACUUUCAUGUGCUGCUCUUACAGACUGAGACUCGAAUUGCAGACUGGCGGGAAGGGGCUCUUAAUGGAAGCUACCUUAAACGAAAACUUCAGGAUGCAGCAGAACAACUAAAACAGUAUGAAAUAAACGCCACUCCUAAAGGCUGGUCCUGCCACUGGGACAGGGAUCAUAGACGAUAUUUCUAUGUAAACGAACAGUCGGGCGAGUCUCAAUGGGAAUUCCCAGAUGGUGAGGAGGAGGAAGAAAGCCAAGCACAAGAAAAUAGAGACCAGACUCUUCCUAAAUCAUCAGCCUUGAAAGACAAAAGUGGCACUGAUACAAAUCCUACAGAGUCCUCUGAAAAUUCCACAGGUUCUCUUUGUAAAGAAUCCUUUCCCGGUCAAGUUUCCUCUUCAUCACUCAUGCCACUUACUCCAUUCUGGACCCUUCUUCAGUCAAAUGUGCCAGUACUUCAACCUCCAUUACCCUUGGAAAUGCCACCACCCCCACCUCCACCCCCAGAAUCCCCUCCUCCCCCACCACCACCUCCACCUCCUCCUGCAGAAGAUGGUGAGAUCCAGGAGGUAGAAAUGGAGGAUGAGGGAAGUGAGGAACCUCCUGCCCCAGGAACAGAAGAGGAUACUCCUCUGAAACCUUCGGCACAAACCACAGUUGUAACUAGCCAGAGUUCCGUUGAUUCUGCAAUCUCUAGUUCUCCUUCUACUAAAGCAAUAAAGAGGAAAGCCUCGGAAAUUAGUACUGCAGUGGUUCAAAGAUCAGCUACCAUUGGCAGUUCUCCAGUUCUAUAUAGUCAAUCAGCUCUUACCACAGGUCACCCUGCCACAGGGAUUGGACCCCAAGCAAUGUCAGUUAGCCAUCCAGCUACUGGAAUGAGUCAUCAGGCCAGAGGAUUGAACCUGCAGUCAAAUUACCUUGGACUAGCAGCGACAUCUACAAUUAUGACUUACGCUGAAUGUUCUGUCCCAAUUGGAGUAACUACUCCCUCCUUGCAGUCAGUCCAGGCGCGGAGUACUGUGCCAGCCACUGCCAUUAUAGAACCCCCACCACCUCCUCCUCCUCCUCCCCCUCCUACACCUCCACCACCACCACCAGCUCCCAAAGUGCCACCACCAGAGAAGACGAAAAAAGGAAAGAAAGAUAAGGCAAAGAAGAGUAAAACAAAAAUGCCAUCUUUGGUGAAGAAGUGGCAGAGCAUCCAGCGUGAGUUAGAUGAAGAAGAGAACUCAAGUUCCAGUGAAGAGGAUCGGGAAUCAACUGCACAGAAGCGAAUUGAAGAGUGGAAACAGCAGCAGCUGGUCAGUGGCAUGGCAGAAAGGAAUGCUAACUUUGAAGCCCUUCCUGAAGACUGGAGAGCAAGACUGAAAAGGAGGAAAAUGGCCCCAAAUACAUAGUGUCGAUAUUUUUUUAAAUUUUUUUGUUUUGUGUUCAGUCUUAACCAGUUUUACUGUUGUCGAAUAAGUUAUAAGUGUUAUUGGGGAGAGCAUUUCUUGGCAGGAGCAUAUGCUCACAGAGUUGUCCAUUCGUGAAUUGUAAUUUUUCUGUUUGCUGAAGGUGAGGUGAUUAGAGUUGCUUUGUCCUGGCUGCUUAUAUUCUCACAGGCAAUCUUAACAUCUUAGUAUCAGUCAAUCUUGAAGAAUAUGUGAAGAUUUUCCUGCCUAUUAGAUGCUCAUUUAAUUUCCAUUUUGACACUUCACCAACUUCUACUCCAGAACAAGUUCAUUUAAGAAGGCAGCUUUUUAUUCUACUCUGCUUGGAUCUCUCCUUGGCCUCCUUAGUCUGCCCAGAGAUGUUGAGAUCUGUCAGAUGGUAUACCUUGUACUGAUGGCCAACCUUAGAAGCAAAUCUUUCUCAGAAGUUCCAGGAUUUGACACACUAGGUAGCAUAUUUAAAUUUUAAAUACAGGCGGGAAAAGGCAGCCAUGGUGUUCUUAUCUUUGAUUUUGAGAAUUUUCCCCUGUGAAAAGUAUGUGGCAGUGUAACUGUAGCCACUGUAUGUAUUAUGUUUCCAUUGUUCUUGCAUAUUCUAAAAUUUACCUCCCUUCUAUAUGUGAAUGUAUUUUCCAUAAAAUUCCAAUAUUUAGAAAAUAGUUCAUUGUACUAUCAUAAUCAGGUAAAGUCACUUUAAACUGAAGAAAAGCAAAUUGUUGUUUCAAAGCUGUUUGUAUUUCUCCAGUUUCUGACCUUGUAAAUAUGUAUAUAUGCACUAAUAAAAGUCUUUUUAUAUUCCUGA